AAUAUAUCUUGUUUAUCAGGUCAACUAUUCUCUGAUUAUGUUAAUAUAGUGAAAGAGAAGAAUGCAGACAAUACGUGGAACAAAGCUUUCUUGAGUAUUUUUAGAAAUGAACUUCAACACGUAAAUAUUUUAAAGAAAACAGAUACCCGGUUGGUAUAUAAAUGAGUUGUUGUGCUUGAAAGUGGCUAUCAACUCUACGGAUCGCUGAAAGUUUUACCUCUCAGUGCUUUUCAUAGUUUGUUUCAUAUCAGACCAACUUGGAAGUGACUUUGCGUGAAAGUUUCGGGUGGAAAUGAAUAUAUUCGCCAAUAAACGCUAUGCGACUGCCUAUAAGGUGGCAAUUGUAAUGGGCAUAGUCUCUGUUGUGGUGCUAGCCAGUGUCGGUGUAUACUUUCUUGUCAAGGGUGGAACUCGCACCGCAGGACAAAUAAAAACUGUCACCUACGAUGAACGAACACUUUCAGAUGCUGCUUGGAUCGCUUUCGCUUAUUCAAUGCAUACUGACAACCUGAACGCUUCACAUUACUCAGUGCGAUCACAGUGUUAAAUGGACCACUCCCAAUUUCUGUCAUAUCUAUUCCCUGGAUGAAUGAAACGAUUGAAGUCUGUGACUUCAGAAUGCAGUACAAUGUGAGUAACAUAAAUGAAAGCAGCACCCUUGGGCUGAAUCGAGAAUUAAAACUAGUAGGUUCUAGUUCAGAGAAACCUAGUGUCGUGCCAUUCAAUAUGUCUGUAUUUACGAAUGCGAUGUCAUCUGGUUUCCCUGAGAAUGAGGUGCCACAAAACAAUGAUGCUUUAUUGGCUGUGCAGCUGCCCCAGUCCGCAUGCCAUCCAAAUCUGAGCGAAGAGAAGGUGGAUUUGGUCGUUGUUGUCCAUUCGUGUGUGUACUGCUUUGAAAAACGACAGUAUUCUCGUGAAACCUACAUGAGAAGUGAACAGUGGAACAACUUUAAAAUCCAAUUUGUAUUUGUCGUUGGAUUGCCAAAACCGAAUCAGAUGAAUACUUACAAUAUGCAUGGAGUGUCAGUGAAUUUAGACGAUGGACCAUACGACUUAUCCAGUGAAACGGAAUCAUUUCGUGUGCCCACGAUCGAGAGGUUGAGAAACGAGAUUGUGCAUCAUGGUGAUCUGCUGAUUGGUAGUUUCCAUGAUAACAUCUUCAAUUCAACUGCGAAGACGAUGUUGGGAAUUCGUUGGGCAUCUGCAUUUUGUGGAGAUAAAUCAUCGCUAUAUUUGUUCCUCAAGGAUGGCUACACACUUCAUCCAAACAAUACAAUGGAAAUGGUGAGAAGAAUAAUGAAGCGACCCAAUCCUCUGUCAUCUGCAGGCGGUAAUUUAAUUGUCAAGGAGCCAGUUGGGCGGGAAGAUCGCGUUAGGGCUAUUUCAUCACAUGAAUAUCCAUGGGAUAACUACUAUAACAGAUUUCGAGAUGACAGUUAUAUUUUAGGAGCUGAUGUAUUACAUAACGUGUCUAUUGUGAUGUCAUUCACACCAAAUAUCCGAUUCCAUGAUGUAUUUCUAGCACUUGCGCUCGAAAGACUUCCAUUUCAACUUAUUCAUUUAUACCAAUUUCAAAGAAGUGAUGAUGGAGCGCUCAACGUAGCCAGUCGUGCGAUUUUGGAGCCAUCGAAAGCUGUUGAACAGUUUUGGUAGUCGGUGCAAUUCAUCUGUGUGUCAUCCAUAUAAUUGCCUGUGACAUACUUUUGGAGUAUUGCUCCAUAUUUCACCAUGCAGAAAUUGAACAGCUUUUGUAAAUCAAUUUGACUUUCGUGACGUAAACUUACUGUAAUGUUUCUUCAACUUUUCACUGAUUGAUAAAAGAUUUCGUGUUUCA